AUGUCUCCAGCCCCAGUUGGUGAAAAAUGGUGGAAAAACUCCAUCAUCUACCAGAUCUACCCAGCCAGUUUUAAAGACUCCAACAAUGACGGCAUCGGCGAUAUCCCCGGUAUUAUCUCCUCCCUUGACUAUAUCACCAGCCUGGGGGUAGACGUAAUUUGGAUCUCCCCAAUGUAUGACAGUCCCCAGUACGACAUGGGGUAUGAUGUCUCCGAUUAUGAGAGCGUCUACCCACCAUACGGCACAGUCCAGGACAUGGAAGUUCUCAUCGACGAGUGCCACCGUCGUGGGCUGCGCAUUAUUCUGGACCUAGUCGUCAAUCACACCUCGCACGAGCACAAGUGGUUCAAGGAAUCGCGAUCAUCAAAAGCAAGCCCCAAGCGGGAUUGGUAUAUCUGGAAGCCUGCAAAAUACGACGCCAAUGGAAACCGGAAGCCACCCAACAACUGGCGCAGUAUCUUCGGCGGCAGUGCUUGGGAAUGGGACGAAGGAAGCGAAGAAUAUUAUCUCCAUUUGUUUUGCAAGGAGCAGCCAGACCUCAACUGGGAGAACCAAGAGACCCGUCGUGCGAUCUACGACUCGGCGAUGGAGUUUUGGCUGCAGAAGGGUGUCGAUGGAUUCCGUGUGGACACGGUCAACAUGUACAGCAAGCACCCUGAGUACCCGGAUGCGCCUGUUAUCGAUCCCAAGUCGGAGACUCAAAUGUCGCCGGCAUUGUUCUGUAAUGGACCUCGUAUUCAUGAAUACCUCAGUGAGAUGAACGAGGUGCUUGCGAAGUAUGACGCUAUGACGGUGGGAGAGCUGCCGAACACGCACACUGUCGAUGGCAUUCUGCGGUAUGUGUCAGCGGCGCAGAACCAGCUCAACAUGGUCUUUCAGUUCGAUAUCGUCGAUCUCGGACAAGGAAAGGAUUAUAAAUUCUUGACUACGCUGCCGGGCUGGACCCUGCCGGAACUCAAGACCGCUGUCAAGGGUACUCAAGUUAUCAUGAAGGGGACAGACGGUUGGUCCACGGUCUUCACGGAGAACCACGACCAGGGUCGGUCCGUCUCUCGCUUUGGUUCCGAGAAGACCCCAGAAUUGAGAGUCACCUCGGCGAAGAUGCUUGCAAUGAUGCAGGGCACGUUGUCAGGCACUCAAUUCAUCUACCAAGGCCAGGAAAUUGGCAUGGUCAAUGCGCCAGAGAGCUGGACCAUCGACGAAUAUAAAGACGUCGACAGCACAAACUACUACCAAAUGGUGCAGAAGAUUUCCAAUAACGACCCGCUGGAGCUGGAGACUGCGAUGAAGUCACUCCAGCGUUUCGCGAGAGACCAUGCCCGGCUUCCCAUGCAGUGGAGCUCUGAGACUCAUGGUGGAUUCUCCUCCUCAGAAAAGACAUGGAUGCGUGUCCAUGAUAACUACCCCGAGAUAAACGUAAAAGUGCAGGAGAAGGAUGACUCUUCCGUCUUGUCGUUCUGGAAACAAGUUAUUCAACUGCGUAAAGAGUACGCCGACCUGUUCGUCUUUGGGGAUUUCGAGAUCUUGGACGAGGCAAAUGAGAAGGUGUUCACCUAUAUCAAGCGAGGGCAGAAGCAAUCGGCCUUGAUCGUAUUAAACUUCUCGGACGAUACACUGAAAUUCAAGCAACCAGCUGGGGUGCAAGAUGCCAAGGUGUUGCUGCGUAACGUUGAAGGGGAUUUGAACGAGUUGCAGCCAUUUGAGGGACGUGUGCUUCUAUUUUAG